AAAGGCGGCUGCGGCAGGCUUUCCUGGUAAUGCCAAGUCCCCACGGCUGGCACCGGCAGCAUGAAGCCCAGGCCUGCGGUGUUCGUAGACGGGAGGCUGAAGCAGCGGGUCAUUCAGUACCUCGCCAGUAAUAGAUGUGGCAAAUAUGUAGACACCGGAAUCUUAGCUUCUGACUUGCAAAGAAUGUACAGUGUAGAUUAUGGCCGAAGAAAAAGAAACGCUUUUAGGAUUCAGGUAGAAAAAGUAUUUAACGUAAUUAGCAGUGAGAAAGAACUGAAGAAUCUUAAGGAGUUAGAGGAUGAACACCUGGCAAAACGAGCCAGAAGAGACGAAGACGAUGGGUACACUGAAAGCUAUUCUGAUGAUGAUUCAAACGUGGAAGAUUACCCAGAUCCACAGUCAGCAAAUCACAUGAACAGUUCCCUGCUAUCUUUGUAUCGGAAAGGAAACCCUGAUUCUGUUUCAAACACUCUGAAGUUGGAACAGAGAGAAGCCACCACUUCAACGCCAUUGCUGACUUCUAAAACAGGCUCCAUGCCAUUGAAGACUCCUGCCAGAGAAUCUGAGGGAGGAUGGUUUAUUGACAAAACCCCAGGUGGAAAGAAAGAAAGUCUUCCUUCAGACCUGUCAGAUGACCAAAGCAACUAUAAAAAGCCAGAUUCUGAGAAUUUAAAAGAUUCUUCUCUUCUGGAAAGCGAUAAGAAAAGGAAAGGUAGGCCAAAGAGCAAAGGAAACAAAAGAAAGACAGAGGAUCUUCAAGAAGUAGAUGGAGAAAUAGAAGCUAUUCUGCAAAAGAAAGCUAAAGCAAGGAGUAUAGACUUGCAGAUUUCCAGUGUGAAGUUUGAAGAUGUUGGAGGCAAUGAUGCAACAUUAAAAGAAGUAUGCAAGAUGCUCAUCCACAUGCGUCACCCAGAGGUAUACCACCACCUUGGUGUAGUCCCCCCUCGUGGAGUUCUCCUGCAUGGGCCGCCAGGCUGUGGGAAGACAUUACUUGCGCAUGCAAUUGCUGGGGAGCUUGAUUUGCCAAUUCUGAAAGUGGCUGCCCCAGAGAUUGUGUCAGGAGUUUCUGGAGAGUCUGAGCAAAAGCUCAGAGAUUUAUUUGACCAAGCUGUGUCAAACGCACCCUGUAUUGUUUUCAUUGAUGAAAUUGAUGCUAUUACCCCCAAAAGAGAAGUUGCUUCAAAAGAUAUGGAACGAAGAAUUGUAGCCCAGCUUCUAACCUGCAUGGAUGAUCUGAACAGCAUGGCAGCUACAGCUCGAGUCCUGGUUGUUGGAGCUACUAACCGACCAGACUCGUUGGAUCCUGCCUUGAGACGUGCAGGAAGGUUUGACCGAGAAGUAUGCCUGGGUAUCCCUGAUGAGGCUUCCAGAGAAAGAAUACUUCGAACUUUGUGCCGAAAACUGAGACUUCCGGAAACUUUUAAUUUUUGUCACCUAGCACACCUAACUCCGGGCUUUGUCGGUGCUGAUCUGAUGGCACUUUGCCGGGAGGCAGCCGUGUGUGCCGUCACCAGGGUCCUGAUGAAGCAGCAGGAGCAGCAGGAGAGUCCUGAGGUGGGAGCUUUGCCCCCUGGAGGAGCCCAGGAGGAGGGCCUGCGGCCCGAGCCCACUUCUGGAACCCAGGAUGAAUUGCAAAGGCUGUUGAGGUUGCUAAGAGACCAAGAUCCCCUCUCACAAGAACAGAUGCAAGGACUAUGCAUUGAAUUAAAUGAUUUCAUUGUUGCUCUAGCAGAAGUCCAGCCUUCUGCCAAAAGGGAAGGCUUUGUAACUGUCCCUAAUGUGACUUGGGCCGAUAUUGGUGCCCUGGAAGAUAUUAGAGAAGAGCUCAUAAUGGCAAUAUUGGCACCGGUACGGAACCCAGACCAAUUCAGAACUCUUGGUUUGGUGACUCCAGCUGGCGUCCUCCUAGCGGGUCCUCCUGGAUGUGGGAAAACUCUGCUAGCAAAGGCUGUGGCAAAUGAGUCUGGACUAAAUUUUAUAUCUGUCAAAGGCCCUGAAUUAUUAAAUAUGUAUGUUGGUGAGAGUGAACGUGCUGUGCGGCAGGUUUUUCAGCGAGCCAAGAACUCAGCACCCUGUGUGAUAUUUUUUGAUGAAGUGGAUGCUCUAUGUCCUCGAAGAUCAGACCGAGAAGCAGGUGCUAGUGUCCGUGUGGUGAAUCAGCUGCUUACGGAGAUGGAUGGGUUGGAAACACGUCAGCAAGUUUUUAUUUUGGCUGCCACUAAUAGGCCAGAUAUCAUUGACCCUGCCAUUCUGCGGCCAGGCCGGCUAGACAAAACACUCUUUGUAGGUUUGCCACCCCCGGCAGACCGUGUUGCCAUAUUGAAGACUAUCACAAAAAAUGGCACCAAACCUCCACUGGAUGAAGAUGUAAAUUUGGAAGCAAUUGGCAAUGACCUUCGUUGUAAUUGCUAUACGGGUGCAGACCUCUCUGCUUUGGUCCGAGAAGCUUCCCUCUGUGCCCUGAGACAAGAAAUAACAGGACAGAAGAGUGCAGUUGGAACAGGUGAGCUCAAGGUCAGCCAUAAGCAUUUUGAAGAAGCUUUCAGGAAAGUAAAACCAUCUAUAUCAGUAAAGGAUCAAAAGAUGUAUGAAGCUCUGCAGAAGUCCCUCAGUCAGUGAAUUUGCAGUACCUGGGAUGGAGGUGUCUAGUGCAUGGAGCUCACCAAGAAUCACACUUGCUCUGAAGGCUCUACUUUCAGCCUGACACAGAUGACCUCAUUGUAAGCUUUUUAUUUUCAAAUUAUUGAGGCCCAACUGCAGAAGAUGAUGUUUCUCAUCUGGCCAGCUUUGUGGGAAAACUCCCUACCUCCUCUUUAAGAAAAAGAAAGAAAAAAGGACUGAUAAAGUAAAACUUUAUUCAAAUAAAAUUGUAUUUUUAACUAUCACGAUCAUCCAUAGAAGUUACAAAAAACUGUUUUUCUGAGAAGUGGUCGCCUUACAUCCCAUCACCCCAGAUAAACAUUCAUAUAGGUUUUAUGUAAACCAGGAUAUUUUUCUAUAUAACCAACCAUCAAAAACACUGACACAUUGCUACUAUUUAAUUAUCAAGUUCCAGCUGUCUUUCUCAGCUGCUCUGAUGUCCUUUAUAGUGAAAGGAUCUGAUAUAAUUUAGCUAUUCUAGUGUUUUGUCUUCUAGUUCCCUUAUAAUUUCCAAAAGUUUUUGUUGUUGUAGGGUUUUGGUUUUUGUUUGGAGACAGUUUCUAUAUAUUCCUGACUUGCCUGGAACUUAGCAUAGGGAAGGAUUUGGCUACACUGAACCAAUCCCAGUGUCUACACAAAGGGAGCUAAAGAAGCCCUGGAUUCCCUGGAAUAAAGACAACUUGGGGCAUGUGUGAUAUGAUCCUCUGCUAUAAGUGUCUAAACUUCAAACCCAGAAACUGUUAUUCUGAUGAUUUGCCCACACAGGACACAACUUGUGGUUAAGAAUCUAUGACCUUCUCUUUUACACACAGCCUGCUGUCCAUGUAGGCUAAGCAGAUUAGUCAUGGUUUAGACAAGCCUGACAUGGUUUAGAGAGCACCAUUAGUUGGGACUAGUCAUUGCUCCAUGUGAUUUUAGUUGAUUGAAGUUUCACAACUUUAAAAGUAGCUUUUCUGAAUUAAGAAGCUGAAGACACCCACCGACUGAGGGCAAGCAUCUUAAAGGAAUACUAAUCGUGAAUGCUUGGCCUUAGCCUUGGUGUAUUCCUAACUAGUUCUUAUAACCUAAAUUAACCCAUAUUUUUUAAUCUACAUUCUUCCACAUGGCUCGAUCCUGCUGCUUCAGGGUCUGGCUGGCGACUGCCUUUCUUCCCAGAGUUCUCCCUCUGUCCGGAAGUCCUGCCUAUGCUCUCCUCUCUAGCUGUUGACCAUUCUUUAUUACACCAGUCACAGCCAUGCAUCUUUUCACACAAAUAUCCCACAACAUGUGACGGACACUGAAGUAGCAGCAAAGAAGAAAAGCUUUGGGGAACAGAACAGCAGGAGAAGUUCAUCCUUUAAGUCUCGGCAGGCAAGGGGAACGCCUCAGGAAAUAAGAGUACUUUCUGCAUCAGGAAUUAAGAGAAGGGUAGUGGAGACACAGAGGGGUGGAGAACGAACAAACCACUCCCCCAAAUCUCAACAGAUUCAGAAAACACAGUUAACACAGGGCUCCUCACUAAGCAGGUUUGCAGUCUUUUAACUGGGUAGAGACCCUGGGUCUAUAAAACAUAGAGGUGCUGGCUGGGAGUUUACAAACAAAAAACUAAACAAAAUCUACAAACAAAAGAAAUAUGUUUGUGUUGGGAAAAUCAUCUCAGCAAUGGACCAGUGUGCGGCAGAAAGGCAUUUUGAAAAAGUCCUUACUGAGUCUGAAGCCUGCAGUUCUGCAGACUAAGAAAGAUCCCCUCCUAACUGCUCACUUAAGAAACCCAGAGCAAGUGCCAGGUGAGUGUGCUCUGAAAGCAGCCCUGAAGAGUCCUAAAAUCGUGCGUGAGCACCAUGGAGAGCUCCAUAAUUUCUGUUUGCACCAUAGGCUGGAGUGGAGCUCAUGUCCCCAUCUUGGAGCCAAAUAGAGAAGCUAGCUACCAGAGAUCCCUUGUAGGAAAAAGAAACAGCAGCAAAAGAAGACACGGGAGUGAAGUGUCCGAGCUGCUGUGCCCUGUCUCAACCACAGAAGCUUGAAGAUGCUUGCCCUUGGGUGAGAUGUUUGACAGCAGUCCUCUAAGGGCCCUGGAGCCAGAAAGAGCACCCAGAGUGAUAACAGGCGCUGCCUGGCCCAUGAACUAUACUGUGUGGUUUCAACAAACAUGCAGAAAUCUACCCAGAAAGCAAAAAUCCCAAGGAUCCAUUCUGAUCAGAAGACACUAACUCAAAAUAGCCAGUAAGCAGCACCUCCAUGGCCUUUGCAUCAACUUCUGUCUCCAUG